AUGGCACCGAAGAAGAAGCAUGCGCCCAAGAAGGAGUUGACCGCGGACGAUAUGCGGCGUCUUGGCAUGUCGGAGGACGACAUCGCCCGCAUUUUAGCCGAGCGAGGCAAAUCAGCCGAGGAGCGGCGACAGGAACAGGAAGCCGUCGAGGCGCGACGCCGGGAGACUGAGCAGCGCCACAAGCGCAUGAAGGAGCUGGAACGGAUGAAGGAAGAGCUUGUGCGGCAGGAGGGAGGCCCCCGUGUCGCCAUCCGUGACGAGGAGCAGAAAGUGUGGGAGGAGCUCGAGGGGACGCUGACGACGGAGAAGAAGCGGCGGCUGCGGGAGUGUGCGGAGAAGAUGCUGCAGCAGCGUGUGGCGGAGGCGCGGCGCAAGCGCGAGGCGGAGGCGGCGGCGUACCAGGAUACCCUCCAACACCUCACAUUGGAGGAGCGGGAGGCCUUUGUUGCGGCGCAGAUUGCGGCCGAACACGCUCGCUGCGAGGCUGAGCUGGAGGCGAGGGAGAAGCAGCAGCUGCGGGAGGAGCGACGCCUCGCGCGGGAGCGGGCGGCACGCAAGGCUCAACGCCAGCGCCGCCGCCAGGAAGGGGAGGAGGAUGACGAGGUCUCGGAUGAGGAGGACGGGCAGGCCGGUGGCGGCGGUGGUGGUGAGGUUAAGGCUGCUCGCAAGCGAGUGGAUGCGUUAAUCGAGCUUUCUGACGCUAUGCAGGCCAAGUACGACUGA